AUGCAGUUUCCUAUGGGCCCACCCUGCAUCUUCUUGAGGAAAGGCAUCGCUGAGAAACAGCGGGAGAGACCCCUGGGACAAGAUGAGAUUGAAGAGCUCCGAGAAGCAUUUCUUGAGUUUGACAAGGACCGAGAUGGGUUCUUCUCUUUUAAGGAUCUGGGGAGUCUCAUGAGAACAAUGGGUUACGUGCCAACAGAGAUGGAACUGACUGAACUGGGCCAACAAGUCUGCAUGAACUUGGGUGGCCAUGUAGACUUUGAGGACUUUGUGGAGCUGAUGACCCCCAAAUCCCUUGCAGAAACAGCUGGGAUGAUUGGUGUCCAGGAGAUGCGAGAUGCCUUCAAGGAGUUUGAUGCAAACGGGGAUGGGGAGAUCACUCUGGGGGAGCUGCAGCAGGCCAUGCAGAGGCUUCUGGGAGAGAAGCUCACAACCCAGGAGAUUGCUGAGGUGGUGCAGGAGGCCGACAUUAACAGAGAUGGCACUGUUGACUUUGAAGAGUUUGUGAAAAUGAUGUCUCGUCGAGGAGGUCCUAGAAGCUCCAGAUACUCUCUGCCUGGGAACAUGGAUGAAAUGCGUGUGGAGGACCGAAUCUCUGUGACCCCUUGCAUGACAGUGGGUGGGAGGGUGUAGUGGCCUUGCACAAUACGGACUGAGGUCACACUUAAGGAAGUAGCUUUGCCGGAUGGGGAUGAGAGGCAUCUAUAAAGCUAUGUAGCUUUGUAUAGCUUCAGAAAGAAGAGCCUCUGUGUGAAAUAUCAGUGGUACUAGGGCCCAGUUGCCAUUUCAAAAACACCAAAGAUUAAUGACAUCUUUUUGCUUCAUAUAGUUCUAAAUUCCUGCAACCUGCCAGAGUCCCUUCCCUAGAUUCCCCUUUACACAAAGGUCUAUCCAUGCCCCCUACAGACUUUAACCUCUGUAGGAGGGAACACACCCAUCCUGGGACUAGAAACUGGGAUCUUGUUACUGUGGGCCCAGAGAGGGUCAUUGGGAGGUGCUCCAAGGGGGGUUUUCCUGAGUUCCUGGAAGCACAGUCUGUUUUUUCUCUUGCGACCUCUCCUCUCACACACCCUCUCUUGGUGUAAGAUGCUUGGGGCGACUGAAUUAAAUCACAAAGCUGGAUUAUGAAGGCUUAGGACAAACUAAUCCUCCUUGGGGAAUUAAUCCCCCACAAAAUAUCAUGAGAGGGAGAGGGAGAGAGAGCACUACAAAUCCCCCACACAGCCAGGGGACCGCAAAGCCAUUCCCGGAAGCAGCCUGCCUGCACGGUGGUCUUCCCUGGGUUGCUGUAGAAGAUCUCUGUAUUAGAUGCAAAGUGCACUCCACCCCCAGCAUCCUGACCUUGCUCUGUGCUGGGAAACGGAAAAGAUCGUCCCUCCUCUCUUCCACCCCAGAGCAGCACACUUCAGCAAUGCACAGUUCUAAAUAAAGACUUCAUUUCACAUCUUCCUCCAAGUGUUUUCUCACUUUGAAGUCCAUUAAGUAGAUGUACAG